ACCACAACUCAAAAGUAUUCAAUAACAGACCUUAUUCAGGAAAACAUAUUUCAAAACUUCAUAUCAAUUGAUCAUCAGAAAUCAAGACAAAGGAAGUGUAGCUUCAAGAAAUGGCAGCAAAAAGCAAUGUCACAAAUGAUCUCAGCCGUGCCGAUUUUGGAGAGGACUUCAUCUUUGGAAGUGCAUCGGCUGCUUAUCAGAUGGAAGGUGCUGCAGAAGAAGGUGGUAGAGGCCCUAGUAUAUGGGACAAAUUUACUGAACAAAGACCUGAUAAAGUGGUCGAUGGAAGUAAUGGAAAUGUGGCUAUUGAUCAAUAUCAUCGUUACAAGGAAGAUGUCCAAAUGAUGAAGAAAAUUGGCUUGGAUGCAUACCGAUUUUCAAUCUCCUGGUCUAGAGUACUGCCUGGUGGAAGACUAAAUGCUGGUGUGAACAAAGAAGGAAUACAGUACUACAACAAUCUUAUCGAUGAGCUCUUGGCAAAUGGUAUCAAGCCUUUUGUGACUCUUUUCCACUGGGAUGUACCCCAAACUUUGGAAGAUGAAUAUGGCGGUUUCCUCUGUCGGAGAAUAGUGUAAGUGGUGUAAUUCGGUCUUAUAUAAUUUCAUCAACUGUUUAAUAACAUAUUGCUCCAUAUUAAAUACAUGAAAUAUGUGACACGGGAGCAGGAAGUUUCAUAUGCUAUGAGAGAGAGAGAGGAGAUUCGUAUACCAUGUUCGUAGCCAUCAGGUGAUUAGGACAUUACACUAAACUAAAUUUAAACUAAUGCAAAUGGUGCAUUGUAUAUAGGAGUACGUCAGAAGAUAUAUCAAAAGUGAUCUACACAGCACGAAAGCUAAAUGUUGAUAUACAAUUCGGAGUACCCAACUGGCAAUUUAGCCUACAUAAUUGUUCCAUAUGAAAUUCUUUUCUCUAACUUUAUAUUUACCUUCUCUGGACUAAUAAUUUCUUUCUGAACAGUGAUAUACUUCCCUUGACUAUUUUUUUGUUAGGCAUGUCAUGUCU